GCUUCUUCAUUUUCCACAACGGUCCUCACUCACCACAUAGUACCCUCAUAAACCAUCAUAAUCAUAUUCUUAUAUUCUUACGUUACAUAAAUAGUACAUAUAUACCAUAUAGUUUCUUCUGCUAUACCAUUACACUGGAAAUGGACACUGCUAGUGAAGCUAAGGUUCAACAUCUCACAAAGAAAUCUUCCGACGAGCUUUUGAGCAAGUUUGCGGAAGUGGCUUCCGAGGAAAAAACCAAACGGAGGACGAAGAGGAGGGAAGAUGAGUGUGACAGCCCUUCAAGUGGUGGCGCCGCCGUGGUCGAACGGAGGUCCCUUCUGUCGCCCAAAGUGGCACGGAGGUCGGCGUUGCUCCGGCAGCUCAGAGUGAGGGAUGUUAGGAACAAGUCAUCACUCUUUGGGACCAUUCAUAAGACAUGGCGUAGAACUGUGGAAGGUGCCUCCAGAGUUUUCAUGGAAAAGCAUUAUCAUCGCCAUAAGCGUUUGAUCAAUGAUAUUGUUUAGCUUCUGAUGGAAAAUCUACAAGGUUGCACGUGUGCUAAUUCUUAGUCAGAAGGAAAAUGCAAAACUCACUCUAUGUAUAUUUUUCCAUUAAAAUUUUAAUUCAAUUAUGUUGCUGAUGCAUUAUAUAUUUACUUUGUACUGAUUAUUGUUUAUUCUUUCACCUCACGUAAUAAAAUUUAUUUGUUCAUUCA